GUUUCCCUGUUGUCGAGCUUGACGUCGCGAGCUGACUCUCAGCAUGGAUCGAGUACCUUCCCCUCCAACGUCCAACUGGUAAAAGGAUUUGUACGUAGAAGAAAUGGUAUCAUUCAUCAUCUUAUCAUUCUGAGAAAGGGCCGAGAUGCUUUAAAGAUUCUCCGUGAGAUAUUCAGGCGCAACAGGUGUGAAAGAGAAGAGAAGGGAGUGAUCUCAGCGCCUCAGGUCAACACUGCAACGAGAGUCCAGCACCAUGAAACUGAAUCCCCAACAGGCUCCUCUCUAUGGAGGGUGUGUGUUGACUGUUCAGCUCGACAACAAUGAUGAUGUGUAUCUCACUGAGGGAGAAGAGGAGGAAGAGGACGAGGUGGAAUUUUAUCUUCUAUUCUCAGGGUCCACCCAGAGACAUGUGAGCAGCACCCUGCGAGUCAGCCAUGUCACUCUGCAGGCUGUGUGUCCAGCCCAUAAUGUGUGUGAGCAGGUCUUGGUUACAUUAUGUUGGGCUCGGCCUGGUGGACCAGUGGACACACACUCACAGGAGACCUUCAGCUUUGUUCAGGACUUGGCCCUCGACAUGGCCCACUUCUUGCUUGACAACACAGCUCCUCGGGAGGCAUUACUAUUGGAUGAUGAGCAGAUUCCUCUAAAAGAGUGUGAGAAGUUGGAUCAGAGCCUCGCUCUGGCCCUGAAACACCUAAGUCUGCCACACCACUGGAGUGCACACUCAUGCACACAGACUGAUGUGGACAGACAGAUGGAUCACCAAACACACACCAACACAGCGACAGACAUACGUACGCACAGUGACUCAGACGGACACAACACAGAGACACACAAGGACAUCUGGAUGGACAUGUCCACCCAACUGGACAGCUGCAGCACUGUGUCUCAGUGCCAGCAGCUCUCCACUCUGCUGCACUUGGCUGCUAGUCAUGGUCUGAGGACGGUUGCAUCGUUCCUCCUGCAGCAGCCAGGAGUCAGGGAGGCUCUGAGGAGAACUGACGCUCAGGGACAAACUGCAGCACAUGUGGCAGAGCGCAGAGGACAUCAGCAGCUGGUAGAGCUGUUCACACAGUAUGAGGCAUUCUCAGAUAUCCAGGUGGAACCAAAGGAACAGCUGCACUUUUACCCAGAAGGCCAAGUGUUUCAGCACCAUGCGAAUCUUGGUACCUAUACCCUAACGUUCUUCAGCCAGCAGCAGAGGGAGUGCGGGGCAGAGACGGACAGCGGAGGAAGCUGCUGCUCACAGGAGGAGGUGAAGGAGCUGAGGAAACUGAUUCAGCUUCACCGAGACACAAAGGGAGGAUCUUAUUUUUCUGGUACCAUCACAGCGACACCUGUCAGCCCUGCCUAUGGGCUGCAGCUCUCCUCAAAUGGACAACAAGAGAGCAGGCAGGAUACAGGCCUGUCUGUGGUAACCACAGAGAACUGUAGCACAACAACAGAGGGACGGGGAAAUCUUCUGUCAUUGGAGGAGAGAACACAAGGGGAGUAUCCUGCUGUUGUCACUCACACAUCCUGUACCAGUGGACGUUUUUCUCAGAGCCAGGAACCUGGUGAACAGAGGUCUACACCAGCUGCCAACCCUCCUGCUGGCCGGAACAGGAAAAACAAAAAGAGAACUAGAAAAACCACAAGACGCGUAACAGAAUCUGCAGGAAAUCAAAGCACCCCAGAGGCCAGUAGAGGAACUGCACAGAGGCCCACCAAGACAACAGGAAGUGGACCUAAGACAGAAGGAACUGUGUCAGAACCCGCGGUAGCAUCUGUGGUCAGUGAUGGAGGAGCCACAAGAACUUGGUGUAGUCCUGGAACAGAGGAGACUGCAUUACCCAUAAAGACAGGUGGUGAUGGGACGUGUGGUGGCAGGAAGGCAGUUGCCUUGCCUACCACCACCAUCAUAGAAAAACAGGAAGCAGAGGAGUGGGAAGUGGACAUGCUGAUGUGUGAGCAGCCGACAGAGACAGAGACAGUGCCAGUGAGUCCCCCAGCAAGACAAGAAUUGUUUACCUCAGCUUUGGAAACAGCUACACACAAGACAGUAACCAUGGGUCAGGAACAAUCCCAGGAUCCCCAGGAAAGCCAGUCAGAUCCAGAGGAGCCAAGCCAACCCGAGUCCAUGAACAAGAGCCCUCAGUCUAGCAACAGGAGUGACCCCAUGUCCCCAGAUACAGAACAAAAACCCAGGCGUCAACUGUGGUGGGAUGGAGGAUGGAUUGGAACAAGAAUGGGAUCACCCCCUCAUGGACCAGAAAGAUUAGCAAAAACUGUCUGGUAUCAGGGUGAAAACCUAGAUCAAGGUGACAGCGAAGAUUCCAACAGGAAGAAGGUGAGCUCCCAGUCAGUUUGGUACGACAGUGACAAACAGCUGGAGCAGGCAGAGCAUGAUCUAAGCACACCCCAAGCUUCUGGUCUUAGUCCUCCGCAGCUGUUAGAACAGGGUUUUAGUUCUCAUCAAAUGUGUGCAGCUCUGAGUCAGCCACAUGCUGCUGGAGCACAGCCAGCACCAUCACAUGGGCUUGCUACACAAAGACGGGAAGUACGCGGAGCGCAGCGAGAGGAGGAAGUGGGGCCAGAUUGGAGGGAGGGAGGAGUGGAGGGAGGCAGAGAGGAGGUCAGUAACACAGAGACCACUUACAGCAGAAAGAGCUGUGAGACAGCAGACAUCGAAGAGAAAGGAGAAGAAAAACCAGGGAGCGAAGAGAAAGGAGCAAAGGGCAGGAAAAAGAGGAGGAAGAGAGGGAGGAGAGGAGGCAGUGAAGCCAAGCUUAGCUCCAGCUCCAGUAUUGAGUCUCAGAGUCAGAGUGAGACACAGACACAGAGAGAACAAGUGACAAGCCUGAGCCCUCAGUCAGAGACCGAGUCAGAAGCUAAACAUAAAACAGGAAGGGCACAUGUCCAGUCUCCCACUGCUUCUGAGCCAGCCUGGGAAGAGGAAACGGACAAGGACGCCAUGCAUCUACCCAGCCAGACAGAGAGCCAGACCAGGGACGCUCACCGACCCGACUGUGAUGUUACAGCCUCAGAGUCUAGCUAUACUACUCCCACAGAUGAUGGGAGAACAGAUCCAACCGAGGCCACAGCUUCACAGGCACUAGAAACAAAGGAAUCAUCAGAGGAUGUGAAAGAGAGCCUUCCUGGACCUGAUGACUCUAACCCUGAUUCUGUCGUCACUCCUUCAAACCUCAGUGAAAUGGAUAUCAGAAAGGCUGAUGGAGAGGAAAUUAUAACUCUGCAACCAGCAAGAAAGGAAGUACCUGACCUCAUGGAGCUGGAAGCAAAGAAGCUUCCAGUCUAG